UUCAGCGCACACUCCGGGCAACUGUGUGUGACUGACAGUCCGCAGUGAUGGGACGAGGGGUCAGUUCUCGCUGGGGGAAGCAGUGCAGCGGACUGGGCGAAUCUCGCAGUGUCCACCUCGCCUGUCGCUCCUCUGCAUCUUAAAUGAGAAGCCGAGGAGACAGCGGCUCGGUGGGAUCCCAGCUGCUCUCGCCCAACACACAAGCCUCCAGGGCCCAGGUUGGGGAAGGAGAGUAAACGGCCAAAUAGAACGCCACCUUGCGUUUCAGUCCGACUCAUGUUUUGUGUUAAUUAACCGAAAGCAAAACCGUGCAAAGUUUAUUACAAACUAAAUGCCAUUUAAAGGUGACAGACGCCGGAAAUCUGAAAUAAAAACAGAAAAUGCUGGAAACACUCAACAAGGCAGGCAGCAUCCGCGAAAAACACUGUUAAUGCAUUCAAGACCCUUCGUUGUUUACGCAGUUUCCAGCACUUUCCGAUAUUAUUGUAUUUUUAAAAGUAAAUCGCCCCGUGUAUUACUUAAUUUGAUUUUUGUAUCUGUUGUGGAAAUAUUCCCCUUUGCAAUACAUCAAAAGUUAAGUGUCAGUUAAAGGCUGACUCCGUGCCCUCGCAUCCGCCUGUUAUUUGCAGCUUCUAGUUUUGCAAUCGAACCAGUCGUUGUUGAGGGUGAACCCACUCUCGCUGUUUCCUGCAUAUUUUGAUCAUACCCCGAGAGCUCUGAUGUGCUAACAGCUUCGAGCAACUCCUCGGACGCGGGGGGGAGGGGGGGGGAGUUGCUGCCUGACUCUUUCUAUAGCUGUGACAACUGCUGUGAAGCUUUGGAAUCAACUGUGCGAGACUGUCCGGAACCGCAGGACCGACCUCCCCUCUUCGACUUGACAAGCUGCCACGGGUAUUAUCCAGGAUCAGAUAUCAGCAGCUCCAAAGUCUUGAACUGAUAGUCCCCAGCGCAGGCUUGAUCGGAGCCAAGAAUGCCGUGGCUGUGAUGAUGAUGCUGAUGAUGAUCGUAAAACCCACCGUGGUAGGAGGGUCCCGGCUGGUUGCACGUUAAUUAGUUCGUCCCAGUGCAACGCUCUGCAGUGUAAUCAGUUGCUGUCUGCUGGCCGGGGGGGUGGAUGGGACCAAAAUCCUUUCACAAGUCUUUCGCUGCACACAGCUACCCCUGCUGUCUAAGAGUACAGAAACAAGUAGUGUAUGUGUGUGUGAGAGCGAGAAAGAGAGUUUUUGGACGAAUUCUUAUUUCUCAUUUGCAGUUCCCAGUUGUCUUUUAGUUUGUCUGAGCCAAUUUAUGAUCUGAAACACUGAGGACAGCUUGGUUUUGGCCGAUUUUACUGGAAUUGUCUGUUGCGUCUUAACUAACAACAUGACACUUUUGGGCUCAGAACAUUCACUGCUUAUCCGAAGCAAGUUCAGAUCAGUUCUCCAGCUCCGUCUCCAGCAGCGACGCACACGCGAGCAGCUAGCAGACCAAGGCAUCAUGCCACCUCUAAAGAGUCCAGCUGCAUACCACGACCAAAGAAAAAGUCUGGAAAGAGCCAAGACAGAAGACUACUUGAAACACAAGAUUAGAAGUAGACCUGAGAAAACAGACUUGGUUAAUAUGCAUAUCCUGCAAGAUACACCUGCAGAGGGUAAACUUCAAGCAACUCAGAUGAAGCUCAAGAGGGCAAGGCUGGCCGAUGAUCUCAAUGAGAAGAUAGCCCAAAGACCUGGGCCUUUGGAACUGGUGAAGAAGAAUAUAAUUCCAGUGGACUCAGCAGUGAAAGAGGCAAUCAAUGUUGGCCAAGUUAAUUUCCCUAAAGCCCCCGACACGUAUUCCUUUGAAGAAGACAGCAGCAAUGAUGCUCUGUCUCCAGAACAACCCAGAAGUCAGGAAUCCCAGGGAUCAGAGAGUUUGCCUUCAGAAACAAAGUUCACUGAGUCAUCGUCACCUCUCGCAACCACUACAAUACAGUAUCUUCCUCACCUCUCCCAGCAGUGUGACUUAAACAGAUCUACGCCCAAUAGCCAGAUCAGACAGCCAGGAAGCCAAAACCAACAGAAUGGCCAAGUUACCACACCAAUCCCAGUGCCAGCAAUAGUUAAAACAAAGCCAUCAUCAGAUGGGAAGAACCAGCGGCACAAGAAGCCAAAGGACACAAAGCCAAAGGUGAAGAAACUGAAGUAUCAUCAGUACAUUCCACCAGAUCAAAAACCAGAGAAGUCCCUCCCUCCAAUGGACUCAGCCUAUGCCAGGCUACUCCAACAGCAACAGCUCUUCCUCCAACUGCAGAUAUUAAGCCAGCAACAACAUCACCAGCAACAUCAAUACAACUAUCAAAACAUUCUCUCUACUCCUCUGAAGCAGUCUGGUGAUCAGAUUUCCAGAAACACAUGCACCUCAGCCACUACCGUGCCAGGCAGCAGCCAAUCUCCUGUGAGGUCCACGAUAUCAGGUCAAACCACCAGCUGCCCUUUGAAGCCAGGACCCCUUCCAUCCAACCUGGAUGACUUAAAGGUAUCGGAGUUGAGGCAGCAGCUUAGAAUAAGAGGCCUUCCAGUGUCUGGUACAAAAACGGCCCUCAUGAAGAGGCUGAAACCUUUCCAGGACUCCAACGGCAACAGUUUGCCAGCCAGCAGCACUAGCACCACCUUGUCCAGCUCAGUCAGCGAGAUGACAACUGCAGCGUUCCCAAUGACCCCAGUGACCACCCUGUCGAGCUUUCAGACUCAGACUGCCACCACUGUGCUGCCGAAUGGCUUCUAUCAGUUUGGCAGCACCAGCUCAACCCCUCCCAUUUCUCCAGCAUCAUCCGACCUCUCCGUAACCGGAUCGGAUUUGAGCGGUUUGCCCGACAGCUUUAGCGACGUGCCUGUACCGUCCCCACAGCUCGGACUGCAGCCAUCGCCCAUUCAGCUGAGUGCCGAAGACAGCCUGAUGAGCAGCAUGAAUGGAGGCAGCAUGCAGGCAGAGCUAGAGGGCUUCGACACCCAGAAGGACAAAAUGCUCAUGGAGAAGCAGAAGGUCAUCGACGAGCUGACCUGGAAGCUGCACAUGGAGCAGAAACAGGUGGAAGAACUGAAGAUCCAGCUUCAGAAACAGAAGAGGAACAAUCAACACGACCAGCAGGCUUCUACUCAGCCGAUCUACAGCGUCUCUGUUAAGCAGGAAAACUUGAUGUCCAGCUGCCCGUUCGCCGGGCAACAGAUGAACGAUAGGAGUAUGACGCCAAUGAUCUCCUCCACGUCCAGCAACAGUUCCACAGAAAGCUUAAAUACAUGUGGUACGCCGCAGAAAUCGGGCGCUGUGAACAGUCAGGUGUGUGCAGAGACCACAGAGCACAACACGGUGAGGUCACCGCCGUUCCUCAGUCCACAGUGCUCACCGCAACAUUCUCCCUUGGGAGCACUAACCGGCAGCCCACAGCAUGCGAGUCUUCCUCCAUCCCCAAGCAACCACUUCCUUCUGCCGGUGUCACCUGCCCCCCAAAAUGGAGAUGGGCGUAGUGGUUCACCCCAUCAGCUUCAGUCCAUUCCAGCUUGCAACACUCAGCUCAAGAUACAGGGCUCAAAGGGACAGGAACCUCAGCAACAAAAUGGCAGUCCUCAAUUCCAGCAGCACCUCCAACAACAUAUAAUACGACAGCAGAUCCUCAGAAAGAUGAAUGUUCCUAAUACUGCAAAUCAAGUUGGUCAAAAAUUUGUCAUCAAUGCUGCUUCCUUCUGUAAUUCAAACUCAACCCUUAGCAAGAUCAAACAGCCUCCAUCCUACGAAGAUGCAGUGAAACAGCAAAUGUCUAGAAGCCAGAUGGAUGACCUGCUGGAUGUGCUGAUUGAGAGCGGAGAAAUGCCACCAAAUGCCAAAAACGAUCACCACUGUGCUCAGAAAUCAGUGCCUCAAAUCACAGUCUCUUCAGGAGCCUCCACUGUGACUGUGCCAAGGACUUCAUCAAGUCCUUUCAACCACAUGUCUCCUCCUCCGCUCUCCUUUGACCAUUGUGCAAGCAACAGUGACAGUCAGCUUGAAGCCCUUCUCAACUCACGCAGCUCCUUGAGCAGGGGGGGUGAUAUUACACUGCUUAAGAUUGGCAGUGAGGAGUCCCAGCUCGACAGCAUUGGUGAGGGCUUUUCUAGCAACUCCCGAGAAGAGAUGCUGAACGCUCGAGACAUUCUGGAAAACCCCCUUUCACCGAUGGAGACCCAGCUGUCGCCUUCUUCCACACACAGCCAUGUUAUGAACCUAGGUCUUGCAGAAACUCCCUUGGAGAACAUGGACUGGCUGGAUCUCACACCACCCAGCUCAACAGCAGGCUUUGGAUCAGCUGGUUCCUCCACCCCGAGCAUCUUCUCUGCAGAUUUCCUGGACGUUACAGACCUGAACUUAAACACAGCCAUGAACUUACAAUGGUAACAUGCUCAGGGGACUACGUACUACAGGUAGAUUUAAAGCCAUUUAAAUAGCAAAACAAAAUAAAAAGGAAGCAUAUUGCUUGUGUAUACAAGACAAAUGUUGACAACGGUAAAGUAAAUGGAAAAAUUCAGUUGGCUUGCAAGAUGAUUGCCCUGUGGCUGUUGCAUGUAGUAUUGUUUGAAUAAGUUAAAAUCUUCAUAAAGUUAUGUAUUACUGUGUUUUACUGGAAGCAAAGUGAACACAGUCCAUCACCAAAGAGAGACACCUGCUUUAAGUCUAAAUCUGACUAAAUUGGCAGGUGCAGUAUAUGGGUUAGAUAUACCGGCCAACUCUCAAUUUGGCCUUGUGCACACAGCCUGCAUUUUUGUUUUGUACAUAGCUUAAAUUUACUCAUAACUUUUGCAAGAUUUUUUAUAAUUUUUAUCAGAAAAAGAUUCUUUACUAAGCAAGCAAUAUUUGCUAUCCUGAAUAAUGGAAAGUGUUACAAUACUUGCAUCCUUUCUGAACCACAUUUGCAAAGUCACCCUACUUUAUGCAAGUAUUUGAUUAUUUGUAUUGUGAAUAUAUUUUAUUGUUCACUUUGCACAAUUAAAAGUAGAAGAGUUUGUCACAGUUUGCCUGUUUUUUUAUGUCUGCUAGGUAUUAAAAUAUUAGAAGGCAUUCCAUGCAGAUACUUGGUAGGAUUUUUUUUAAAUCAGCAAGUUCAUGAAAUUAUGCAGUGUAGUUCUUUGCAUUUCCAUUGUUUUUUGCUGACCUGAUAAUAUAGGAAAUAGGACGGGUAGGUGAGAAUUCAUUGUUUUGCUUAGUUCGUGAUGAGGAGACAUUUCCUGCCUUUGUCCACCCCUAAAGAGGCUCCACUUUGUAAAAAGCAGUGAAUUAUGCAACUGCAUUUUUAAAUCUGAAUAAAACAAAAAGAAGUUCUGAAGCUGGAAGGCUCUGCGUAGAUCAGCGAAUGUAAUCCUGAGCGCAAGUGCACAACAGCAAGCCAGCAUCAGGCUUGACAUUAUAUUCAGUUUUUACAAACUUGGGUGUUGACCAACUUGAUCUAUUUCAAAUAUUUUCAGCGUGCAACUCACAGGCCCACAUUUUAAAAAAAUUGAUAAAUAAGGUAUUAAUUUAAAAGGGAACAACACCAAACAAAAAGUUGGUGACAAUAGUUCCAAUCCUCGUCUUAGUGUAAAGAACAUAGUUUAUUUUUGGUAAAUUUUAUUCAAACCAAAGAAGUGCUCAGAAAAGCAUUAUUUUCAUACCAUUUUGUAUUUUAUAUUAUCCCUUUUUGCAAUGUUACUUGCAAUAAAAGUUCUUUACUGUGCCCGUUUGGAACAGCUAACUAUUCUGAACAAUUCAAUAUUCUGUAAUGUGACUGAAAUUUUAGCUAAGGAUUUUCUUGCUAACUUGUAUAGUAAUAAUAUAAAUUAAUAUUGUCCAAUUCACCUGCUUAUUAGUUUCUAAAAUAUAAAAAUCAUAUCUGAAAGGUACUGUGCAGUUAAUUAAUAUUUAUUACCUGCAAUAUUUUGUCCUUCUGGUUAUCUUGCUUAUUUGCCAUCUUGUAAUUUCAUUAAGUAUGGACUUCUCUGAAUAGUCAGUAAAAUUCUACAUAAUCAUAGGAAUCGUAGUGAAUGAUUAUCUUUGAUAUCUGAUCAAAAGCACUUCAUUGUCCAAGUUCUCUGUUUCUGAAGAAGUCAAUGUCAGUCCUAAGGCUGUUGUGAUCAAAGGCACAACUGCAGUUUGUUUCGCAUUAGAGAUGAUUCUUGGGCAGAAUGACCUGGCAGCUUCAUCUCCUUCAGUGAAAGCCUGCUACACCUGCUAUUCCAAGUAACCUCCCAUCCAAGUAUUAACUGGGUACGAGUCUUAUCAUCUUCUGACAUUAGAUGGGAUCAGGCACCAAUGGGUUCCUUAUUUUUCUAUCCCUUCAGCCUCUGCCCCACCCACUAAAUCAAUAAACAUUAUUCUAAAAUGGCCUUGAAUUAAAUAAUAUUUGUUAGAACAAUCUGUACCUUCCAAGUGAGUAUAUGUCAUUCCAAUGUUAACAUGUCUUUGUGUGAACCAAGUUAUGAUAUAACUGAGUGAGAUAAAUUGGCUUAGAUAAUCCUUGUGUACAAGCAUAUUUGAUCACUACAGUGCAUUUUUUAAACACAUAAUAGAAUAACACAAGAUUACGUUGUUUAAGCAACACAAUCACCAAUCCAUGACUGACAGCCUGUGCGAGGCUGAAGAGAUUUCCCAUUGAUAAUGAAUACCAUAGAAUUGCAAGAAAUGAUAAAAUUGGGCAAAUUGUAAUCAGUGAUCACCAGCAUUCAAAUAGCCUGUACAACUUUAAACCAUCCACUAUGUCAUUUCAGGUUUCAUUUAAACCGGAGAUUUUCAGACUCGUUCAUACAGCCUUGUUACCCAUGUGGUAAUACUCUACAGACACAAGAACAUUUCCGACGCGUUCAGAAAGAAAAGAUUAUUUGCUAUCUUUAAGGAAAGAUUAAGACGUCUUUAUUUAGCUCUGUAGAAUUUUUGAUCCGUUUGAGAGGCAUAUGAACAUACAAAUUAAGAGUAGGUCUGAGCCAAUUUUGCCAUCAAGCCUGACUACCAUUUAAUAAGAUCACGGCUGAUCUAAUGGUAACCUCAAUUACACAUUCUCGCCUAUCUGCAGCUUUCUUUCAUCUCUUUCUACCUGUCAAGUAUCUGUCUACCUCUGCCUUAAAAAUACUCAAGGACUCUGCUGCCGCUACCCUUUAUGGAAGAGAGUUCCAAAGAUUUGCAACAGAAAUUGACCAAACCAUUUUUUGAUGAGGCAUCUUAAAGACAUUGUUCCUCAGUGACUGAUCCUUGCAAUCAAAUCCUGAAAUAUUAUAAUCAAACAUUCUGCCGUGGUCAGCAAAUAGAUCCAAGACUGGUUAAUCUCAAAAGCUUUACUACAUAUUCAGAACACAGGAAAAUUCACAAUCAUAUAUUUAUGGAACCUUGUUUUCAUUGGUUGAAGCAAGAGUGACGAUUUGCCACAAUGAAUGUUUAAAUUAUCUUUACUGAAUGCAAAAGACAGAAAAUAGAACCAAUUCUUUAAAACAACAUGUUUGUAGGAGUUGCAACUGCAUGUCAAGGUAAAGGACCUUGCAUGCAUGGAAAACAAUGAUCAACCAAACCACUCUAAAUACUGUCAAUAUAAUCUCCACUUGAGACAUCACCACCAUUUAUCUCUCAAAGAAUCAGGACAGAUAUCUGUACAGAAACACUGGUUAUAUUGAAUCAUCUUACCAGCAGAAGCCUCUCAACUUCCCAUUAUUUGCUCCAUUCAGAACCAUGCUAAACUGUGUAUUUAAUUACAGUCAGAUUGAACAGUAUGAGAUAGUCCACAAUGGCUGCUGCAUCCUUUCCAAUCAUAUCAAUGAGUCAGACUGCGCACUUUAGUACAAUACAAACUUGCCUGAUUCAGGUACCAUAUUACUAAGACUCACACGUCCACCCCUGGGCAACACCCUCCUUGGGUUCUCCCACCCUUUGUGGGAGAACUUCAAUAUUACUCCUGUUUGAGCUGUUCAGUCUCCUUAUUCCAUUACCAUUCCCUAAGAAAAGAGAAAAUUAUUUCCCAGUGGCCCUGAACUUAGUUUUCUGACUGCAUGUCAAUAAGUUAUUGGUCUUGAAUUGAAAAUGAAUAAUCCACAAACUCAUUUAGAAAGUUGUGCUCUUUACCACCUCUGGUGGCUGAAGCCAGUGACAUACAGCUUUCCAGAAAGUAGAAACCCCUACUCAGAACUAAGCCACAACAAACAUUAUUAAUUUCCAUUUCCUUUAUGUGAAGGGCACACUGCUCUUGAUUUCUCAGACCGACUUGGAAUUCUCCAUGUGGUCCAGACACAGAUUUCUAAUGUUACAUAAUCAGAAUUGGCAGUGAUAGUGCAGUGGAGAAAUAUUGUUUGUGUUAGUGUCAAGCUUUAGUUCACCCGAUAUCUAAAGUGAAAAGAUAAACACAAUUACAAAUUGCAGAUUCAUACAUCUAAAAUUCACUCCAUGAAAUUCUUCACCCACGUUUUACAAAACUAUGCAAAUCUAGAGUCAUUGUACAUAUGCUAAAAGAACACGAAACAGUCCUCAUGGGACAUAACAAUUACCUGUCGUAUAUAUCCAAAUAGCUCAAAACUGAGCAUAUUCUCAAAACUACCAUGAGUUGAAAGAGUCUAAUAUGUUUUACAAUCGUAGCAGAAAAUCUGUUCAUGAGCAACAUUUUUAAAGAUAUUUUUAUAUGUAAACCUAGAAUUGGGUAGAGAAUGGGACUUGGGUCAUUAGCACAAUUAAAGAUAUUCUGGACAACCACAAAUUUUGCAAACACAGGUACAGUUGUUAGACUGACACCAUGUGUACAUUGGAUUGUCAGUGUAUCAGAUAAAGCACAUACAAAGAUGGUUGUGGUAGUCACCAGCAAGUGGAUGUGCCAUGCAUGGAGUAUCGCCAGAAAUGAAAACAACUUAAAUUUCUCACUUGGUGCGGUCAUCUCAGCAUACAGUCAGCUAACAUUGCUGAUCUAAUGGGUUUGUAAUGAUUGUGCCAAUACUUUCUUACCAGUACAUACCUACUUACAUUUACCUCUGAAUAUUAUAAGUGCUUUCUCUUUUGCUACCAAUACCCUUUUUGUCCUUUAGUUUCCUGUACAUGUCAUGUGCUUGCAGCAUUACUGACUAUUCUAUCAUCUUGAACAUACAGUAUAUCUUGCCUUAAUUUUCCCCGCAGGCCACCUCUCACAUGUGACUGGGAAGGUAUUGAACAGGAGUUGGUUGAACUUGUGUCCAGCAUUAUAACUUAAUGUACUAAAGACCUUUGCACCUGGGCCAUUACCUCAGUGUAUGCAAGAUCUUAACUUACAACCAUUUUUGAAUAAGUUGUUGUCCUGUUAUAUUUAUUUAGGGGGACAUAAGUGGAGGUAAUACCCUUUUGAGUUGCAACAGCCCUGCAAAAGUGCCAUUCAAUCUCAAAAGAAGUUUUAUGUAUGCAAAUGAUUCACAAAUCAACAACGGCAUCUUCCUUCUUUAUAUAUAGAGUCAGGUUAAUAAGUCACCUAUAGAACAAUUCUCCAGGAUGACAAUCAAAAAAAAUGUAGGGAGCAAACAGCCCAUUUGUACAUGAUGUCUGCCAUAUCAAACUGCCUCAAAAGUGUCAUUGUAACUUCGACCAAUCCUGUGGGCUAAAUUCUUUCUGUAUUCAUAUGCGCCUUAUUUUUUGCACUUUGUAAAUACUAUAUAUUUUCUUAUGGUGUAUCAUUUAACACAAUGGAAAUUUUGCUUUGUGUAUAUAACGGCAAUAGUGUAGGUGCCAAAGUAUUAAAGAAAGCUAUGUAAACAUUAAAAAUAAGUUUUGGAACUGGGUGUUCUUAAUAAAUCGA